AUGGGCAGCAGCAACUUACCUCGUCAAGAAAAAAACGAAGAUGGGACAGUGACGGUGUGUGCUGGACAGGCUGAAGCCCCGAAGAAGUUCACCGCUGCAGAACGCAAGUGGGACGUCAGGGAGAGGGAGCUGUUCGACGUUAAACAGGCAGACAAGCAAGCAGACCACAUUGCCCUGAACAAUGGAAACUGA